CUGAUUAGGUUUAAACUGGUUUCCAAUCCAUGGACAAGAAUCACUGAAGCCGUUGAAAUUUUUAUGAAUCUUUGAAGUUGACUUUAGUUUAGGUACCUAAUGUUUUUGAGAAGAUUAUCAAUUAAUAGCAUGUAGAAACGAAUGUAAUUUCAGAUCAUAGACGAUUGUAAUUUUAUGUGAUAGGAUAAGCCUAGUGAAACAUUGGAAAUAGCCUACGUUCAAAGAUGCUGAAUUCGUCAGAUUUGGAUAAAUUCAUUUUAGAAAGAACUAAAAAAAUUGCAGAAGCAAGAAAGGAAAUUAAUUAUAAGCAGCAAUGUUUGAAAUUGGAAUAUUCGCCGAGGGGAGCAGACGAGAAAGAGAACAAAAAUGUUUCUAAUCGAACGUCUUUUCAAGUGUUGAAUCAGAAGAAAAAGGAGGCGAGUAGAAAUGAAAAGCAAAUCUCACCUCUGCAAAGCAAUAGACAAAUGCCAUUGCUGCCACCUGUUGACAUCCUGCAUGAAAGUAACGCUUCCUCGGUGAUUGAAACUCGUCGUCGUCAUCGAAACCCACAUGGAGAGGUGGCGUUGGUCAACUGUAGAGAGCUGGAGAAGCAGCGACUAGCGUCUGUUAUGGCGUCUACAACCGGCUCGGCAGUGCUUGGCGGCAACUCCACUCAAAAGUCGCCUCAACGCACAAGGCUUGUUGUGGCAAAGCCCCUCCAUGUCGCCUCUUCCCGGCAAUUGGAAAUUGAUCGACUGGCGAAACUGUUCGAAAGCUCUCAGGAGUCCUGCUUGAGGAACAGCAGGAUUGUUGCCGAUGAAUAUCCCAAAACAACUGAACAAUCGCCUACCGCUUGUCACACUGUAUGCCCAGCCCUGACAACUUUUUCUGGCGAUGAUCAGUUAUCGAGAAGAGAAAAUGAUUUGGCUGAAAUCAGUGUGAAUGAUGCUGACUUGUCCAACAACAACGAUACAAAUGAGUGGAUUCCUUCUAACCUGAAUACAUCCGAACAAGGCUCAAACCAAUCUACGACACAGCAGGGAAAUGAUUGUGUAGAUUGCCUAGAAAAUGAAAACUGCUUGAGAAAGCCGACUCUCUCUGUCUCUGUUCCUGGUAGUUUACUGAUAGGGGUGGGCGAAUACGAGGCCAAACGAAACCAACUUUUGAAAGAGAGACGAAUGGAAUUUUGUGAUUAUAUGAAACAGGCUCAUCUGAAAGUGCGUAAUCCAAGAGGGGAGCCUCAGAUAUCAUACUGUUCACAUGAUGUGGUGCGUUUGAAGGACAUUGCAACUCAAACUGAUGACGAACCACCAAAUCCUUACUUGCUGGAGCCGGAUGACUACAGAGUCAUGGGAGGUGGUCUAAGCCUGCCUACUUCUCCUGAAUACUCGCAUAGGAGCAGAAGCCCAAUGAGAAGCCCUAGAGGAAGAGGAAACCUGGAUUUACACAAGAGUGCCUAUUGCUUUCCUGGCAUUUCUCCUUCAACCCCUGUAUUUGACAAACCAGCUGAUGAAGUGGGAAAGCCAACUUCUGAAAUGUACAUACGUCAGUACCAAUACAGAGAAGAGUUGAAGAAGCAGAUUGAAGAAAGACAAAAAUUGGAAGCUGAGAGGAAGGAAAGAGAAAGACUUGAAGAAGAAGCUAUAGAAAGGAGAGUAAGAGAACAACAGGAAAAACUGAGAAGACAGUAUGAGAUUGAAGAACAAGAAAGAUUGGACUACAUAAUGCGGAGACAUAUUCAAGAUGACGUUCUGCGUCAGCGACUAGCUGAUAUACAACUGCAUGACACGAGGGAGAAGCCAGCAGGAGGCAAAGAAAAGCGCAUGCGCCCGGUUAAAGUGACUCACUGCAGCAACCAGGAGCCGCAACCAAGUCAGGAGGACAGCAACCAAGUGCCAGCUGCUGAACCAGGUGACCCAGUCUCUCAGCUGAUUGAGUCCGCUGAGGCUAUGUUGAAAGCACCGCUGCUAGCCGAAAAUGACGCAAGAUUAGCCAACAAUGACGCAAGAUUAGCCAACAAUGACGCAAGAGUAGUCGACAAUGACGCUAGAGUAACUCACACCGCUUGUAGUGUGCCUCUUCCUCCACCCCUCCCACCAUCACCCCGGCUUGAGACGCACUCGGUAGCGGGUAGACGGCAGGCAGACGAGAUGUUGCAUGAGCCUCUUCUGUCGCCCGGUGAUGCUUCACCCUGUAGACGCCAGCCCGUGCUAAAGGCAGUCUCGCCCUGUGUCGGUGUCAAGCCUCGCUCCAACAACGAUCAAAUAGUGGACAACAAAUGGCAGGUGCCACUGGUUGAAGAAAGCCACAUCCAACCCAGAGCUGCGCUUGGCAAUUAUGCUGAUCAACUGCAUUCCUCGCCAGAUAAUGUCCUAACUCAGUUGAGCUCGUUCCGCCGUCAGUUACAAAUGGAACAUUUCAAACUGAUUGAAAGAAUGCAACAACAAUCUAAACGUAGAUCACCUUAAGCUACACGUAGAGGACAGAAAUGCUCACACAGGAAAAUUUCCAAAUUCAGAUUUUCAACAACAGAUGCAAUUAUAUUUUCUUGAGCAAAAGAAACAUUCAGCUUUAAUUAUAAUAGAUGUUUCAUUUUGUAUCAUGUCAGGUAGGGUUUAAAUUGUUAUCAUUUUAUACUGAACUUCAAGAUUGGAUACCUAUAUAUUUUUGAUAAUAUAUUGAACUGUUUGAUGGAGACAAAAUCAUCUCUGUGAAGUUACAUGAAGCAGAUGAUGUGUCACCUCUCAACUAUGCAUAAUUAAACUUUGAUUGAGAUUUUUAUCGCAAGGGACAGUGUUUAAAGGAUAUUCCAUCUCAGAGAAAAUGCAUGAUGACAGUAUAUUAUUUGACAGUGUUUGAAGAAAACAAUUAUCGAACAGAACUGUUGAUCAGAACUCUAUUGAAUGUUCAAAAAUUUAUGUCAAAUGUUUAUCAAAUGUAUCUCAAUCAAAGCUUACAUUGUCUUUUAAAUCGGCAGUUGAAAUUCAGUAAUGUAUCACUGCAUUCUAGGCAUAAUCUUUUCUCAGUGAUACAGUAGUGCUUCUGUUUUGAGUAUCGAACAUUCUAGAUCAGAAAAAAACUAGAUGAGUAAUUUUAAUUAAGGAAGAUAAUCUGGUUAACUGUAUUGAAAGAAAAGUUUGUUCUCUAUCAGAAUAUGUUUGAAGUCACGAAGAAUGAAUUGUUAUAAAUGUUAUUAUAAUUUAUUAUUUUAAAAAUAAAUACGGUAACAAUUAUUGUUUUAACUAUUCCUUAUUAGUUUGCCGUUCUGGAAAAAUUUAUUGUGCAUGUAUAAAUGAAUUAUGUGUUGAUUUUAACUACUUGAGAUAGAAUACAGUAUUACUUGUAGUGCAAUAUAUUAUUGCUUUAUUUAAAUAUAUCAUCUAGAAAAUGAAUUUUAUUAUGAUUUUAUCAAAUUACCAUUAUUACCUUAUGACAUAUAUUUUUCGACAGUAUUGAAACAUUAUUACUUGAUUUUUAACCUAUUGUAGAUUAGGUAUUCUUACUCCAUUAGAUAUACUUUUUGUAGCCUUUCUUAUUUUAAAACAUCUUGAUUUAGUUAUCAAUUUGAAUCCGUCCUAUUCACAUGACUUGAAUGUUGUUCAACGAUUUAAUUACAUAAAAUACAGAAGUAAAUCAAUGCAACCCUUCAGUUGAAUUGUAAUUAUUUACUUCAAUAGACUAUUUGAUAAUAUACUGUAGUUUGUUUGAUUAGUCAUGUGUAAUAUUUUUUUAUUUGAGCUUGAUUGUUCAUUGUAAUCAAAUUGUAGUAUGCUGUGAUACUAAUUUGAUGUAGAAGUGUUAUGUUUGAAAAUAUAGAUGUUUUAUACUGUACCUUUAAAUAAAUUUGGAAAUAAAAAGCUUUAUUUUU